CAUUCCACGACCCACACUAUACCUCUCAGGACCACUACUGAACCCCCAAAACCAAGGGUCCAUCGUUGACGAACGAACCAUCAAGAAACAUCAGUCACAAACAAACAAAGCAAUGAAACCACCAACAAACGACUCGCGACGAAACGAAACCAAACAUACACAUACACACUCAAGCAUUGUGCUAAUUAAUUUCUCCCCUCUCUCUCUCUCUCUCUCUCUCAGACACACACACAACAACAUCAAAUUUUACAAAAUAAUUAAAAAAAAGAAAUGGUGAUUAUUCAUUAUUCAGCAGCGUCUUGUUGUUGCGUGCCAUCGCUGCACCGCUCUUCGCCUUCUCGCUCGAUUCUCGCACCCGCAAUCUUUUUCUUCCGCGACGCCGCUCCGAACCUCAGGCUCGUCUCGGUUUGGUCCCAACCUCCAGGCUCGGAGGGCUUCGGCGAACCCAACAAACACUCUUCUCGUGAUGCCUCCGUUGGGUUCUCCGCUUCUUCUUCGUCGGUCAUUGAUUUUCUCACUCUCUGCCACCGCCUCAAGACCACAAAAAGGAAAGGAUGGGUUAAUCAUGGGAUAAAAGGUGCUGAAUCGAUUGCUGACCAUAUGUACCGCAUGGCUUUAAUGGCCUUGGUUUCCGGCGAUGUUCCUGGAUUGGAUAGAGAAAGAUGUAUUAAAAUAGCACUCGUGCAUGAUAUUGCAGAGGCUAUUGUAGGAGAUAUAACACCAUCUGAUGGUGUGCCCAAGGCUGAAAAGAGCAGAAUGGAGCAGGAAGCCUUAAGCAAAAUGUGUGAACUUCUCGGUGGAGGGAUAAGAGCUGAAGAGAUCAAAGAACUUUGGGCAGAGUAUGAAAACAAUUCUUCUUUAGAGGCAAAUCUUGUAAAGGAUUUUGACAAGGUUGAGAUGAUUCUGCAAGCGCUGGAAUAUGAAACAGAACAUGGAAAAGUGUUGGAUGAAUUCUUCCUUUCAACUGCAGGGAAGUUUCAAACUGAAAUCGGAAAAAGUUGGGCGGCUGAGAUCAUUUCAAGAAGAAAAUCUUUAUCAGCAAAAAGGCCACGUUGAUAUAGUGCCUGACAAGUCAUGCCAUCUUGGCUUGAGUGAUCAUGGUUGGUCAGAUUAACAGAAUAGCUAAGUUAACCAGAACCCAUAAGCAUGAUUUCUUGCAAAUCCUGGUUCUGGAAUUUUGACAUAAUUUGGGGUGACACCUAUUAGUUGUCCCUGCCUGAUAAUUUCUUUGGAAUCAUUUUUUGUCUAUCUUGGUGACGCAUUUAAACCUAGCCUUUAUUUCUAUUCUUUUCUUUUGUUAACAUUGGUAUGUAAAUUAAUAUCAAAUAUUUAGGCAAGUUUUCAAUAACCUGUAAUUUGCCUAAGAAAUAGUUGGAAGUUGUAAGUAACUACUUGAUUUUAGUUUAGGAAGUCAACUUGAAUAUGAAUCUUUUCUUAAUCAAA